UGGGGGCCAGUAGUAAAAUAUGGAUUCCCAAGCGGAGGAAACUCAGAGACAGCGUGGUGUAAUAGCACAGCUUCUCGCACCUCCUUUUUGCAUGGGCCCGUUCUCCUAUUUUGCUGUUGAUCUCCACAGCUGCCCUCUCUCAUUGGGCACUCAUAAAAGCUCCUCACAUCACAUUCCCUCUCCCCUGCAGGUUUUGGCCCUCCUCAUCAUGGAAGAGCCACCCAUCCAUGAAUGUGGUGAAGCUAACACCACCUCCUCCCCUUCCUCCUCUUGCACCACCACCACCACCACCACCACCACGACUUCCUCCUCCUCCUCCUCCUCCUCCUCCUCUAACUCAUUUUGCUUCACCACCACCAUCACCUCUUGUUGUCCCAAUGCCUCGCCAGAAUUAGGCCAGGAUUCGAAGAUCGGUAAGAAGGCUACCAAGAGCGGCUCCAAGCGAGGUGCGGAGGCGGGCAGCGGCGGCGAGGCUAAGAAGCGCAGCAAGGACGGCAAGCAUCCGACCUACCGCGGCGUGCGAAUGCGCAAUUGGGGCAAAUGGGUGUCGGAAAUCCGAGAGCCAAGGAAGAAGUCGAGGAUCUGGCUUGGGACCUUCGCCACGGCCGAGAUGGCAGCACGAGCCCAUGACGUUGCUGCCCUCGCGAUCAAGGGCCAGUCCGCACACCUCAAUUUCCCCGAGCUGGCCGGCAGGCUCCCCCGACCGGCCACGGCCUCCCCCAAGGACAUCCAGGCCGCGGCUGCUCUCGCUGCGGCGGCCGCAUUUGCUGACUGCGGCCCGUGCCGGGACGCGGCGGUCCCGGCGGCCUCUCGCUCCCCCGCGACCCCGUCUAGCGAUCACGACGAUGCGCUCUUCGACCUGCCGGACCUCCUGCUCGACCUGAGAGAUGAGUUCUGCUACUACUCGUCGACGUGGCUGCCUCCGGCCGAGGAGGACGCCAACGGAUUCCGUCUCGAGGAACCGUUCUUGUGGGAAUUGUGAAACCGCCAAGGAUCUUAAUUACCACAUUUGGCACCAUUUCUAUCUCAGUCCUGAUCAGCAGUCCAAACUAUCAAAAUUAGGCACCGUUUCUCGUCGCUUUGCAGAAGACACAGAUCAAGUCUCAAAAAAUCCUUCGAAAUCUUUCGCUUGUCAGCUUUUCCAGUUGCUCUCCAAAGGAUCUCACAGGGUAAAUCCCUGUAGCUAUUGGCAAGCAGGGUCUUCGUCACCUCUUCAACAUAAAUUAGGCACUGAUAGUUAUGUCUGAUAUAUAUAUAUAUAUAUAUCAAUAUACUUAGCUUCUGCGUGUUAAUAUGUGAAGGCAUGGGUGAUGAUAAGCUUUCAAUUCUGUAUAUCUAUUUGCCUUUCUUUGCUUAAUUUGGAAACCAAUUUACAUUGAAUA